AAGGUCUAAUUGUGCGGACAGCAUUGGUCACUACUGGUCGUUUUCACAUACUUAAAACACUUGGUGACAGUGAAACGCGGGGUGAAGCUGGUAAAAACGCUUGCAACUCGAUACACGUCUCGCAGUUUAAUCAUGAGCGCUCUGUUGGUGCCUGCGGGUCAGGGGCGGAGGAUCCCUUCAUAUCCGCUGUAGAGGAAAGUGUACCACUUCACAGCUGUUUUCUCGUCGAGUCUGGUUGGCAGGACGUCCCACGUUCAGCAUAACGUAAUCCACUUUCCCGUAAAGGCAUGCAGAGUCGAGUUUAACUAAGGCACAUGGAAGGUUUCUUGCCCUGCACUGCUUUGGAAUCAUUUUGAGUCAUUUUAAGUCAUUUUCAUUUCUCUUGACCCUCCAGGUCGAGUUUCUGCAGUUUUCAGGAGUUCGCUGUGUAUUAUCUUACAAUGAAAGUGAACCUGGUUCUUCUCCUUUGGGCAUGUACCAUGGUGCAGGAAUGGACUUUAUGCCUUGGUGAAGAGGAAAACUCGGUAAAAGCCAAAAAUGUGAAUCCUUGUUGCUACUACCCUUGUCAACACUGGGGCAUUUGUGUGAGAUACGGUCUGGAUAGUUACGAAUGUGACUGCACUAGAACAGGAUAUUAUGGAAAAAAUUGCACUAUUCCUGAGUUCUGGACCAGAGUCUAUGAGUUCCUGAGACCCAGCCCUGAUUUCACCCACUACAUCCUCACCCACUUCCACUGGUUAUGGGACAUCAUCAAUAAAACAUUCUUGAGGGACAUGCUUAUGCGAGUGGUUCUGACAGUGCGAUCCAACCUAAUCCCUAGCCCUCCUACCUUCAACUCCAAAUAUGACUACUUGAACUGGGAGACAUAUUCCAAUAACACUUACUACACUCGAAUCCUGCCACCAGUGCCACUGGACUGUCCAACACCUAUGGGGACUAAAGGGAAAAUGGAGCUCCCAGAUCCCAAGCUGUUGGUGGAGAAGUUCAUGUUGAGGCGGAAAUUCAGGCCGGACCCUCAGGGAACAAACCUGAUGUUUGCCUUUUUCGCUCAGCAUUUCACCCACCAGUUCUUUAAGACACACAAUCGCGUGGGGCUGGGCUUCACAAAAGCUCUCAGCCAUGGGGUGGAUGCUGGACAUAUCUAUGGAGAUAACCUUGCACGACAGCUAGAUCUUAGACUUCAUAAAGAUGGGAAGCUGAAGUACCAGAUCAUAAAGGGAGAGAUGUACCCACCUACAGUGGCAGAGGCAAAAGUGAGCAUGAGUUACCCUCAGUCAGUCCCUCCAGAAGAGCAGUUGGCCAUAGGCCAAGAGGUGUAUGGCCUGCUGCCAGGCUUAAGUAUGUAUGCCACCUUGUGGCUGCGCGAGCACAACCGUGUUUGUGACAUCCUGAAGAAAGAGCACCCUACCUGGGAAGACGAGCAACUGUUUCAGACAACCAGACUUAUUAUUAUAGGUGAGACUAUUCGGAUUGUGAUCGAAGACUACGUGCAGCACCUGAGCGGCUACCAUCUGAAGCUGAAAUUUGACCCGUCCUUACUCUUCCGCGUACAGUUCCAGUACCAGAAUCGCAUCGCUGUGGAGUUCAACCAACUCUACCACUGGCACCCACUCAUGCCUGACAGCUUCUUUAUUGACGGAGCUGAGAUCCCCUACUCUCAGUUCAUCUUUAACACCUCUAUCCUUACACAUUAUGGAGUGGAGAAACUGGUCCAUGCUUUCUCAACCCAACAAGCAGGGCAGAUUGGAGGUGGUCGUAAUAUCCCCCAGGUGGUGACCAGAGUAGCUGAAGGAGUUAUUAAAGAAUCCAGAGAACUUCGACUAAGGCCAUUCAAUGAGUAUCGGAAGAGAUUCAACCUGAAACCAUAUACAUCGUUCUCUGAAUUUACAGGUGAGAAAGAAAUUGCACGGGAGUUGGAGGAGCUCUAUGGAGACAUUGAUGCUCUGGAGUUCUAUCCAGCUCUGUUGCUGGAGAAAACCCGGCCUGACGCCAUAUUUGGAGAGAGCAUGGUGGAAAUGGGGGCACCAUUUUCUCUGAAAGGCCUUCUGGGAAAUCCCAUAUGUUCACCAGAGUACUGGAAGGCCAGUACGUUUGGGGGUCAAACGGGUUUUGACAUAGUCAACUCUGCAACACUGCAGAGGCUGGUUUGCCUCAAUACUAAAUGGUGCCCAUACGUGUCCUUCCAUGUUCCUCCAUCGGGCUCUCAUCAACACGAAAGUGGACCUCAUUCUGAAUUGUAGCCAAAAUGAAGAACAAGAGAUUCUACACCAGAUAGAACUGUGAUGUUAGAACUAUGCUGUCAGGAUUGCUCUGUCAGACUUCACCAAAUGUUUGUUUACAUAUUCUGCAGACAUAAUUCAUUGAGUUAAUAUUGUAGUCAUAUUCAACGAGUAUAUUGAAAUCUCUAAUACAGUUCUGGCCACCGUUAUGGGCACCCUUUUCUUUUUAUAUACAUUUACAGUAUCUUCAGAAAUAAAUGGAAAUAUACCAAAUUUUUAUCUUUAGAAUAUUUUAAUGGGUCUAAAGUUAUAAAACAUGUCUUUUCAACUUGUAGGAAGUGAUUUUAAACAAAACAUGACAUGGACAGUAUUAAUGGCACCCUUUCCUAAUAUUUUGUUGCGUACCCUUUAGCAUCCAUGACAGCCUCCAAACAUUUCUGGUAGCCAUGUACAAGCUUCUUGCACUGGUCUGCUGGUAGUUUUUUCCACUCCUCCACUGCAAACCUUUCAAGCUCUUGGAUGUUUGCAGUGUGUCUCUUCCCUAUGGCAGAUUUGAGCUGUCUCAAAAGAUUUUCAAUGGGGUUUAAUCAGGACGCAUUGCUGGCCAGUUUAAAACAGUCCACUUCUUCCUUCGCAACCAUUCUGUUGUGCUUUUUGAUGUGUGCUUUGGGUCUUUAUUAGGCUGGAGGACCCAUAAUCUUCGAUCCAGACCUAGCUGCUUUACACAAGGUAGCACAUUUCGCUCCUUGAUAAUCUUCCGAUCUCAUUAUUUCGCUAAUUCAGUUAAGGCCUUCAGUACCUGAGGCAGCAAAGCUGCCCAACAGCAUUAUGAAUCCACCACCAUGUUUGACUGUAGAUAGGGUGUUCUUCUGCUUAUAAACUUAAUUUCAUCUCCUAUAAACAAAUUGUUGGUCUGCAUAUCCAAAGAGCUCUAUUUUUGUUUGGUCUGUUCACAAAACAUUUGCCUAAAAGGAUUGCGGUUUGUCUUGGUACACUUUGGCAAAUUUGUAACAUCUGAAGAGCUACCUUUAGCUCCUUAGAUGUUACACGUGGUGUUUCUUCCAAGGUUCGCAGCAACCUUCGAAGACUUUUCUCACUGAUUUUCCUCUUUGACCCGCAUCCUAGGAGGUUCUUGACAGUUCCAUGAGCAAUAAACUUCUUAAUUACAUUACACCCUUUUCAAAGGACUUUGGAAAUGGCCUUGUACCCUUUACCAUUCUUGUGUUUGGAGACAAUAACACUACUGAUACUCUCAGACAGCUCCUUUGUGAAAAGGGAUCAGGGAAAGUAAAGUGGCCAUUUUAAGCGUUUAAGCCAUCAUUCAUUGGUUAAUUCAAGUCAUAUGAGCCCUUAUUUAUCACAGGUGAUUCUAAAUUCUAAUUAAUUACAGGUGAGUCUAAUACAGUCUAAUCUGAACGUAACUCAUCAUAAGGGUGCCCAUAACUUGUCAUGUCCAUAUUUCCAUUUUUAUACGUUUUUUAUUUUGUUGUAUAUUGACCAAAGAUGUUUCACAACACAUUUUUAUUUUAGGAAAUAUUGUGAUUUAUGUACUUAAAAUUCAGGGGUGCCAAAAAUGGUGGCCAGAACUAUACGUAGCAAGUGAGCUUCCUCAAGCUUGUUUAUGUAGAGCAAAGUAGAACAGAGAUGAAUGUAAUGAGAUGAGAUGAGAUAAAAGCUAGUUACCAAUGAAAAGGCCAGGUUUGGGACCAGUGUCCCCAAAGCACUAUAGUAUGAUCAUUAUGUUACAUGUCAUGUUGGAAGAAAGCCACCAUGAAGCAGCAGAAACAUCAAAGAGUAUAUGGUAAUGCUACUUAGAAGUUUUUUUUUGUUUUUUUUUGCAGUUGAACCCCUGAUAUUAGAGGUUUUAGUAAGAGUGAAGAAAAAAAACAUUUGUUUAUUGCUUGUUUUCAUGUGAGGCGGUCUGAUGGUGUUGAGGUCAGGGUUUUGGAGCCAUGCCCAGUAGUGAUUUUUUUUUUCUUUUUUUGGUAUAAGAACACAUGUGAAACACGUUGUAAAUCACUUACUUUACAGUCAGCUAUGAUGCUAAAGAUUUCCAACAUACUAUUAGCUGCUGUUAAUCACAGUUUUCCGUCCUGUUAAGCAGUAAUUAUUCAUGGAUGUCAAAAGUAUUCAUGUGUAGGAUGUUGAUUUUUGAUGAGUGAUAGCUGCCACUGAAUCAUGUUUAUCAGACGAUGCACUGAUCAGCUUCUUAAAUGUGAUCUGUCAGGACCAACAAUUUGUAUAAAUUUAACUGAAUGGUCAUUCAGGCGUUUUGGUCCUUUUAUUUCUCAAGCUGUCUGCAACUGCCCAUAAAAACCAAAGAGCUACUUGUGAUUAUCUACAGCUUGGGACAUCAUUUGAUGAUGUUUAUUUCUUUUUUUGUGUGUCUUUUGUGUUUUUUGUUCAUUUGAGAAUAUGUUACUGUAGUUAUUUCUUCACUUACAGUUUUUGUACAAUUGCCAACAAGCAUUUUCAGUACUAGAUUGUCUUUUUUCAACAAUCUUUAGCACAACUGCUGUUAGGACCAAACCAUGAAGUUUUUUCCAUGCUUGAAUACAAAAUACAUCACAGUUGAUCACAAGUGACCACAGUUUCCCAAAUCCUUUCAUUCACUUCUCACUCAGCCUUUAACAAAAAUGUAUAUUUCUGUAGCUCAGUUUGUAAAUAUUUGCAUAAACUGUUACAAAACACUGGAAUCUAAAAUGAAAAUAAACUGUUUAUCGAUUAGCUAAGUCACAAAUACUAUGUGAGACAAUGAAAUCUUCAAAAAGUAUAAUGGUUAUAGAGAAAACUGCUGACUGAAUGUAUGUAAAUAGGCCGUUUGCCAUCUGUGCUGAGAUCCUACCCAGGUGUUGACCAUCUAUAAAAAAAAGGUAUCUUUGACUUUUUUCUUUGCUAGAUAAUAUAAAAUAUCGGAUUUGUUAGUUUUUUAUCACUUUAUUUGUUAAUAUAGUGAAGAUGCACUGUUCUGUUUUGUUUUUCUGAUGUUAAAAACAUAACUAAGAAAAAAGGUUUUGUCAGUUUAACCUAUAUUAUUUCAUGUGGUAACAAGCAAUUUAACUGGUUUUAUUCAGCUCAGAUAAAUGCAUUUACUGAAUCAAUACAAAGCAAUAUUUUAGUUCAGAUGACCAAUAUCAAUAUUUUACCUCAAUUCAAACCUCAGUAACACUUCAAAUCAGUUUCUGCCCUGUUCUCUUUUUACAGUGAUGUUUACAUCAUCAGCCAAAGAAUACUAAACCAAUUACAAUGUGAAACAAAAUAACUCUUUAUUACUUCAUAGAUUUAAAUAAAAUAGUGGAUCUUCCAUGAUGUUAUUAGUUGUUUAGUUGUUAGUGUUUCUGAUGUGACUGUGCUUUAAUUGGCAAAGUGUUGUUGUUGAAGGAUCACUAGUGUUGAUGUUUUGAUAGAAUGAGUUUAUUUUGAGAUGUUUCUGCUGUGUUUUUGUAGCUGGUGAUCAUGUAGGCUAUAAAAUGAACCGUUUGGCCGCGCUGCAUAUUUCUGCAGAAAGAGGUCUGUGUUUCAAAAAGUAACCCUGGUACUGAUUAAUGCUUCUUAGCAAUUGUAAUAAGCUGUAAAUGAAAAAAGUCUUGCCAAUAAAAUUCAUAGAUUAUGGACCCUGAAAAAGUAUGUGUAGAAAGCAUUUUUCACAAAAACUGGUCUACAUCUCACUGCAGGUUUAAUUAUGUUUAACUCACCCUCAGGCUUCUGUGCAUAGAAUAUUUUCUCUGUAAAAUAUUCAUAUGUUUGAAAUUUGUUGCAGCUGUAUGUAUUUAAUUGCUACCUGGAAAAACAGUGUUUGGGAACAAAUAAGAUGUCAACACAAAGUUUUAUUAAUCGUUUCUCUGUAUUACAAAUGAAAAGAAAUGUUGGCUGGCACUGACAUGAAUUACAGGUAUGUUAAGACCGAUGUGUAAUAUUGAUAAAUAAACAUCACAGAAACAAUGAGUAGUGUCAGUAUAGCCUUUGGUAAAUGCAAAUGUAACAGUCAACGUUGGUGUGCACUAGAAAAAUUCUCCUAACUGCAAGAUUCAAGACAUCCUUUUCUCACUCAACCACCAUUAAUGAGAAUAGUACUACUUAUGAUUAUGAUUACUACUGAGCAUAUGAGUUAUGAUUGUCCUCUAAAAGCAGAAGUUCCAUCCAUGCUCUAUCACUACUGCAUUAAAGUGAAAGUGCUACAUUAAAACUUUAAUAAAACAGUUCUUUGUCAUUUCUGAAGUACAUGUACACACAAAACAACAACUUUAAAAAUGGUUUAAAAGUGAUAAUAUAUUCUUGGCAUUAGCAGAGAAUCCACAGCAACUGUUACCAUCAAGCCUGAUUAGAGAAUUUCCCAUAGGCUAUAUUUCAGUUUUGCUCCUCAGAAGAAGUAUCUCAUGAACUCAUUCUACAACCAGUGUUGUAAGAAACUUGAGAAGCAUAAAAACAACAGAAAGAGACAAAAAAAGUAACAGCACCUUUUUUAGGAGAAAAAAAGAAACCUUAGCAAAAGC